UAUUAAAAAAGACUAUUAGCAAGCAAACACAAAGGUCUAUUUAUAGCAUCACUUAGCCUCUCGUUUUCUCUCAUUUUUAACAAAAAAUGGAAGAAAAAGGAUACACACAAGAUGGCACAGUCGAUCUUCGCAGGCAACCCGUGCUCUCUUCCAAAACUGGCAAAUGGAAAGCUUGUGCCUUUUUAGUUGGGUAUGAAGCGUUUGAAAGAAUGGCAUUUUAUGGGGUGGCAUCAAAUCUUGUGGUGUAUUUGACGACACAAUUGCAUGAAGACAAUGUUUCAUCUGUUAGAAAUGUCAAUAAUUGGUCAGGUGCAGUCUGGAUGACUCCCAUCUUUGGUGCAUACAUUGCUGAUUCUUAUUUGGGUCGUUUCUGGACUUUCACCUUGUCGUCUCUCAUCUAUGUAUUGGGGAUGGUGCUAUUGACAUUGGCAGUUUCGAUCAAAUUCUUAAAACCAACAUGCAGAAAUGGAGUAUGCAAUAAAGCCACCACUUCUCAAAUUGCAUUUUUCUAUUCAUCUUUAUACAUCAUAGCCAUAGGUGCAGGUGGCACGAAACCCAAUAUCUCAACUUUUGGUGCUGACCAAUUUGACGAUUUUGACCCUAGUGAAAAGAGACUGAAAGUAUCAUUUUUCAACUGGUGGAUGUUUAGUAGUUUUACGGGUGCACUUAUUGCCACCCUUGGUCUAGUUUACAUUCAAGAGAACUUGGGUUGGGGUCUUGGUUAUGGCAUCCCAACCAUUGGUCUCAUUGUGUCACUUGUUAUCUUCUACAUUGGCACUCCUAUGUACAGGCAUAAAGUUAGAAGGACCAAGAGUCCAGCCGGAGAAAUUUUUCGUGUUGUUAGGGCGGCAUUUGCCAAUCGCCACCGCGCUCCACCACGUGAUUUGUCGGAGCUCCAUGAGUUUGAUUUGCAACAUUAUGUCAAUAGUGGGAAACGUCAAGUUUAUCACACUCCAAUUUUCAGGUUCUUGGACAAAGGUGCACUUAAAGAAGAUGGCCAUGUUAAUUCAAGGUGGCCACCAUGCACUGUUACUCAAGUGGAAGGAGCUAAGCUUGUAUUGGGGAUGAUCAUGGUAUGGCUUGUAACCUUGAUUCCUAGCACUAUUUGGGCACAAAUCAACACCUUGUUUGUGAAACAAGGCACCACUUUGGACCGACAUCUUGGAUCAAAUUUCCAGUUACCAGCAGCAUCGUUAGGAAGCUUUGUUACACUUUCUAUGUUAAUAUCUGUGCCAAUGUACGAUCGGUAUUUUGUGCCUUUAAUGCGCAAAAGAACCAAAAACCCUAGGGGAAUUACCAUGCUUCAAAGGCUUGGUAUUGGAUUCACAAUUCAAAUUCUAGCCAUAGCUAUUGCUUAUCUAGUUGAAGUUAAAAGAAUGAAAUCUAUCGAGUCCAAUCACAUUCUAGAUCCUAAAGAAGUAAUCCCCAUGAGUAUUUUCUGGUUAAUGCCUCAAUACGUUCUGCUAGGGGUCGCUGAUGUGUUUAAUGCGAUUGGAUUGUUGGAAUUCUUCUACGACCAAUCCCCUGAAGACAUGCAAAGUCUCGGGACCACAUUUUUCACGAGUGGAAUUGGCCUUGGCAACUUCUUGAACAGCUUCUUGGUGACAAUGGUGGAUAAGUAUUAA